AUGGGCGGUCGCUACGUGACCAAUGUUGGGCUUGGAGAUGUAUCGCCCCCAGACUGGUCAUCGCCCCCAGACUGGUCAUCGCCCCCAGACUGGUCAUCGCCCCCAGACUGCCUGCUCUGCGCCUCGCGACCAGUCAUCGCUCCUGGAGUUGCUUAA